CAGCGCCGGAAGUUCGGUGAGUGCCUGUUUACCGGGAGGUGAUUGAGGACUGUUUUGCGUUCCAUGGUGGUGUCGCCAGGUGGUACUGUGCCCCGUCCGGUCACUGUAUGACCCAGCAGCCAUGAGUUAUUCAGAGAAACCGGAAGAGAUCACCAAGGAUGAAUGGAUGGAAAAGUUGAACAACCUGCACAUUCAGAGAGCGGACAUGAACCGACUGAUCAUGAACUACUUGGUGACCGAGGGGUUCAAGGAGGCAGCAGAGAAAUUUUCGGAUGGAGUCUGGUACGAGCCCAGCGUAGACCUGGAGAGUCUGGAUGAAAGGAUUAAGAUUCGGGAGAUGAUUCUUAAAGGACAAAUCCAGGAAGCCAUCGCCUUAAUAAACUCCCUACAUCCGGAGUUGCUGGACACUCACCGCUACCUCUAUUUCCACCUGCAGCAACAACAUCUCAUUGAGCUGAUCAGACAGAGGGAGACCGAAGCCGCCCUGGAGUUCGCCCAGACGCAGCUGGCUGAGCAGGGGGAGGAGAGCAGAGAGUGUUUGACGGAGAUGGAGCGGACACUGGCGCUGUUGGCUUUCGACAAUCCAGAAGAAUCUCCAUUUGGUGAUUUGCUGAACAUGAUGCAGCGGCAGAGGUUUUGGAGUGAAGUUAACCAGGCCGUCUUAGACUACGAGAACGAGAGUCCACAACCCAAUUGGGCAAAACUCCUUAAACUACUUCUUUGGGCUCAGAACGAGCUUGACCAGAAGAAAGUCAAAUACCCCAAGAUGGCCGACCUCAGUAAAGGCACAGUGGAGGAUCCCAAGUAACUCCCCUACCAGUGGGGAUACCUAGAACAUGUGCGACCUCCUGCAUUACCAGUCUGUGACUGCAAACAUCAUUAUUAUAUAUUUUUUUGCCAUGCCAGCACUAAACCUGGACACUUCCUUUGCCGAGACAGUUUCUCUUUGGGCACUGACAUUUACAGGGGUCAAGGAUCCAACAAAACCAAGUUAACCCCUGCAAGUUUAAGAAA